UUCAUCGAGACAUGGAUCCAGCCACGUUGCAAGUCUUCCAGCAGGAACUCACAUGCCCAAUUUGCAUGAACUUCUUCCUAGACCCAGUUAGGAUAGACUGUGGACACAACUUUUGUAGAUCCUGCCUUUCUCUGAGCUGGGAGGAAGCCGAGACUCCCAUGUGCUGCCCAAUGUGUAAGGAGAUGUCAGAGAAGACAAACUUCAAAACCAAUGUCGUGCUCAAGAAGCUGGCUUCUGCUGCCAGAAAGUACCAAUUGAACCAGGUCACCAGGUUGCAGGAGCAGGUCCCUGGUGAGCAGACAGAAGCAGCAGGGCUCCUCACAGAGGUGGACAAGAGCCUGCACUAUCAGCCUCUCUCUGGAUGCCCACAGCCAGAGAUACAUGACCACACCAUGAUGGAAUGUGCUGCUGAGGAGUCCCGGGAAAAGCUUUUAAAGGAAAUGAAUACUUUAUGGGAACUGAUCCAGGAAUUGAAAAACAAUGUGACAGAGGAAAUUAAAAAGACUCAUUCAUUCAAGGAAUAUGUGUCCUUAAGGGAGCUGAUGAUCAAAGCUCAGUACCAGAAGUUGCGUAUAUUUCUCCACGAGGAGGAGCAACUGCAGCUGCAGGCCCUGCACAGAGAAGCACAGGAGAUUUCCCAACAGCUCCAGGGUAGUGAAAUGAGAAUGACCCAACAGAAACACCAGGUGAUAAACACGUACAGAGAGCUGGCUGAGGUGUGUCACAAGCCUGACAUGGAGUUACUCCAGGAUAUGCAGAGUGUAUUAGAAAGAGCAGAGCUGGUGCAGACGCUCCGUCUCCAGGGGGUGAACCCAGAGCUGACAUUGCGGAACAUCACUGGACUCAGAGAGAUGCUAAACAACUUCAGAGUGGAUAAUGGUCUGAGGAAGGAAGUGGCCCGCCGCUAUGUAAGCUUCUCUGAAGAUCUCAGAAGCACAAUAUUUGGAGAAGAACAUCGCAGUGCUCCCAACCAUUCCCAGAGAGCAGAGAGCUUUGCUGUGUGGGGUGCUCAGACCUUCACCUCUGGCCAACAUUACUGGGAGGUGGAUGUGUCAUCCUCUUCCAACUGGAUUUUGGGAGUCUGUUAUGAUUCCAGCACAAGUGAUACCAGCGACAUUAUUCAUUUUGAAGAAGCAUUUCUCCUGGCCUCCCUGAAGAGUAACAACCAUUACAUCCUCUACACCAGUGUUCCACCCUUAACUCACUAUGUGAAGAGGCCCCUGAGUAUGGUUGGGGUGUUUCUGGAUUGUGACCAUGGAACAGUGGGUUUCUAUGAUGUUGACAAAGGUUCCCUCAUACAUUGUAACGUUCCAACCCAGUUUACUUCUCCUCUGAAUCCCUUUUUUUGGCUUGGUCCCCCAUGACAUGUCAGGUUUGAUGAUGAUUCUUUGU